GUUUCCUUUAGGCUCUCUGUUCCCUUCUAUCUCUAGGACAAUCACUAUAGUUAGUGUACAUCAGCUUAUUUCAGCAGAGCCAGGGGACCAGAAUGGAGCAACAGUUGGGUUUACCAGAUGUCCUACAGGAGAGUAUUGAGAUAAAGAUAGAGAAUGAAAAGAUGGAAACUGAGGAUCCUGUAAUGGCUAUAAACAUUGGAAAUGUUACCUUAACAGAUGACGCUUAUCCGGCGAGUUUAGUGGUGAAAUCAGAGAAGGAAGAGCCUGACACUGAGGAUCAUGUGGCCACUAUAAAGACUGAAAUAGAUACAUUUACUGCUGACAAUUUUACAGUGGUUGUAACAGAGAGCUCCGAGGUAAAGUCAGAAGAAGAAGAGCCACAUACAAGCGAUCAUGUAACUCAUACAAAUUCAAUUCACAGUUUUCCUGUGGUUCUACCAGAGAGUUUAGAGGUGAAGUCAGAACCAAAAGAGCCAGAUACUAAGGAUCAUGUGACCAAAACAAAUCAUGUGACUGAUAAACCCACAGAUAAUGAAAACAUCUUAAAUGUUGUACAACCAAACCAGGGAACUGCAAAAACUAGACUGAUUCCGCACAGCCCAAUCAUACUGAAUACAAAUGAACGUUACCAAUCUUUGACUGUGUCUCCAGCUGUAUUACACAUUACUGUUGGAGGAUACCCAGCGAACACAAAUACUAAUCAUGACUUGCAACAAAUACAAAGCCUUCACAUCUUAUCUCACCAAGCGGUGACCACAGUGGGUAGCCCUAUUAUCUUUGUUCAGUGUUCCAACAGUUUAACACAAAAGGAAAGUGUUCAGUCCUAUCCAAAGGUUUGCAAAGCAGAUAAAUCAUUUAUUUGUACAGAAUGUGGGAAAAGCUUUGCAUAUCACUCACAUCUCCGAAAUCACCAAAUAAUUCACACAGGGGAGAAGCCUUUUGCUUGUACGGAGUGUGGGAAAUGUUUUGCCAAAAAAGGUGCUCUCAAAAGUCAUAAAAUAGUUCACACAGGGGAGAGACCAUUCACUUGUCCAGAAUGUGGAAACAAAUUUGCACGUAUGGGAACUCUCCUAAGACACCAAAUGCUUCAUAGAGGGGAGAAGCCUUUCAAAUGUACAGAAUGUGAAAAAUGUUUUAUAGAAAAGGGUCAUCUUAUACAUCAUGAGAGGAGCCACACAGGGGAGCAACCAUUCACAUGUACAGAAUGCGGAAAAAGAUUUAAGCACAAACCAAGUCUCCAAAAACACCUAUUGGGUCAUACAGGGGUGAAGCCUUUUGUAUGUAAUGAAUGUGGAAGAAGUUUUACAGAUAAAUCAAGCUUGAAAAAACACAAAAAGAUUCACACCUCAGAUAAGCCAUACAGAUGUACUAAGUGUGGGAAAAAUUUCAUACAAAAGAGUUACCUCCGACGUCAUGAAAGAAUCCACACAGGGGAGAAACCAUACACUUGUAAGGAUUGUGGUAAAUGUUUUGCAUGGGGGUCCGUUCUCCAAAGCCACAAAACAAUUCACACUGGGAUAAAACCCUUGCCAUGUACAGAAUGUGGGAAAAGGUUUACACUCAAGUCAGUCCUUGUAAGCCACCAAAAGAUUCACACAGGAAUAAAGCCUUUCACAUGUACAAAUUGUGGGAAAUCCUUCAUAGACAAGAAGAGUUUAAUUUCCCAUGAAAGGAUCCACACAGGUGAGAGACCAUUCAUUUGUACAGAAUGUGGAAAAUGUUUCACAGACAUGAAAGGUCUCCGUACUCAUAAAAGGGUCCACAAAACUGAAAGGCCAUUUGCUUGUUCAGAAUGUGGAAAACGUUUUAGAGAGAGGACAAUUCUCCGAGAUCACAAAAGGGUUCAUACAGGAGAGAAACCAUACACAUGUACAGAUUGUAGAAAAAGUUUUGCAAAGAUGUCAAGUCUACUUGUACACCAAAUGAUCCAUACAGGAGAGAAACCAUUUAUGUGUACAGAAUGUGGGAAAUGUUUUACUUAUAAGAGGUGUCUCAUAUCUCAUGAAAGGAUCCACACAGGGGAGAAACCAUUCCCUUGUACAGAAUGUGGAAAAUGUUUUGCAGAAAAAUCAACGCUUCGGAAUCACCAGAGGAUUCAUACAGGCGAUAUGCCUUUCACAUGUACAGAAUGUGGAAAAGGCUUUGCAAAGUUGUCAUUUCUCCUAAAUCAUCAAAGGAUUCACACAGGAGAGAAACCUUUCAAAUGCUCUAAGUGUGGAAAAUGUUUCUCAAGGAACAGUAAUCUAUUGUGUCAUGAAAGGAUCCAUACGGGGGAGAAAAAAUUCUAUUGUAUAGAAUGUAACAAAACGUUUUUGAGGAAGUCAAAUCUCCUAAGACAUCAAAAGACUCACACAGAAGAGGAAAAAAGCAAUACAAGUGAAUCCUCUCUCAUAAGACACCAAAACAGUCAGUCGGGAGGGAAGGCUUAACCAUGUAUAGAAAGAACGUUAUACAAAAAUUAAAUACUAGUCUCAAUUAUCAUUUAAGGAUCUACAAAGUGAGAAACAUUUCGUUAUAUACAUUAUUUGUUAUAACUUAAUGCAAGGGUGACCAUCUGGCAUCUAAUCGGCCAUAUCCAGCCCUUCACCUAGUAUCUGUAGUUCCCCCCCCCCUUCUAGGGAAAGAGCGAAAUUAAGAAUGCGUGUUAUUGUCUCUGUGGCCCCAGGAAAAAAAAAUGUAUCUGAAGAUAUGUGCAUUAGGGACUCCUAGUGGGUGGGCGGGCAAAAAUGUUUGCCACAACUGAAAAGUGCCCUUUUGGAGGAAAAAACAGCAAAUAGAGGGCAUCCUGCAACCUUACCUAAAUCUUUCACUAUUUAGAAAAUAUUAUUUGAGUAUCUAAUAGAUAAAAAUUUAUAUGUGGCUCUUAAGGCUUCUAAAAUAUAGAUCUGCAGCACCCGUAUGUAUAAGGACUUAAUCAAUGAGAUGGGGUAUAUUUUCUCUCAUCCCAAAUAUAUGAUCAAUAUAUGAUCCCCCUGUUUUGAAAGAGGCAAUGACUUUCGCAUUAGAGGAUUUGUGUCCCUGUAGGAUUGUCAUAUCAGUGACCAGUACCACACAGCUAUAGUCUAAAUCUGUGGUAAGGCUUGUAAUAAACCCAUAUAAGAAGAUAA